UUUUGCACGAGCUAUAACUUUGAUCAGAGACAUAGACAUAAGCAUCCUGGAGAGUGCUGUCCAGUUUCUGUUCUCACGCCAGACAAAGGAAGGGUCAUUCCAGGAACUCGGCCGUGUCAUCCAUACAGAGAUGCAGGGAGGAUCUGCCUCAGGGGAUCCCUUAACAGUGUAUGUUGUCCAGUGUCUUCUGGAAGCCAAGAAGUAUGGAAUAAAAAUUGAUGGAGAAAAGCUGGGUCGGAGUCUUCAAUUUGUGAAAAGCAAAAUAAAUUCUGGCAGUAUGAAAGGGAAAGUAUUCAUCUCUGCUCUAUCAGCUUACACACUGGCACUGGACAACUCAGAGAGGAACGCAGAGACAAUAGCCAGUCUUCUUCAGGACAUCAUUGAUACGGGUGCUCCAUGGCAACAGACAAAAGGAAGCAGUAGACAGGAGGACAUGGUGUACCAUCAGUCAGGCCCUGGCGAUAUCGAGAUUACAUCCUAUGUUCUGCUGACUUACAACAUAUUGAAACAGUUUUCCAAAGGCCGUGAGCUCCUUUUGUGGCUGCAGAGAAACCAAAACGGCAUUGGCGGAUUUUCCUCAACUCAGGAUACUGUUUUAGGGCUGCAGGCAAUGUCGGAAUUCUCUGUCAACUUCAGAGAUGCUGUUCCUGGUGGCUCCGUGGUGAUCACUCCAAUUUUACCUGGAGGCCAGAGAGGAUUGCCACAAACCCUGGUAGUUGAUGCACACAACUCUGACUUGGUACAGUAUUAUGAGCUACCGGAUGACACAGUGGGCGUUCUGGCAAGGGCGACAGGGGCCAACAACAGCCUAAUUGUCAUUCAGGUGAAGUGGACAUUUUACACACCAGCAGACUUAAAGACACCAUCAAACACUGAUGGCAGCCUGGAGAAUGAUGGAAACCUUAUCAUCACAUCCUCUACGACAGCAGACAAAGUGCGCAAGGACCUGUAUAAUGUUGAUGCAUGCAUUAAACCAGGACAGGGCCUCACUUACAGUCAGAUGACACUAGUAAUAAUUGAGCCACCCUCUGGACUGCAGCUUGAUGACUUUGAGAAGGUGAAGCAGGACAAUCCAGACUGCUUUAUGGAGAAGAAAGACGAUCAGGUUGUCUGCUAUCUCCACAGUCCCAAGCAGAUGUGCUUGAGUGUUGAUCUUCAGGAAGUGGUGAAAGUAGAGAACAGAAAACCUGCUGCAGCUCGUGUCAUUGCAUACUACCAGCCUAGCGUCCAAGCGGAAGCACCUGUUGCCAUACCUGCUCCAGGUGUUGCAUGCACUGGUGACUGUUCCACCAGCUUUGCUGUACAGACCAGUUCAAGUUUUGUCUUGCUUGUGUGUAUUCUUCUCUCCUUGAUGACAGACCUGUAACUAUUUUGAUAUUUCAAUUAUUAUUAAUGAAAAGGACACUUAAAUGUUGAUGUAUAGGUAAAUUCUGUAUUAUUUUGCGUUGUAUAAAAUUUCAGAUUUUCCAGAAACUAUCAGAUAAUAAAAGCUGCCUUUAACUGAGUAGCAGAUAAUAAUAAUUAUUUUGUCAAAUACUUUGUAUUACUACACUGACAUAACAGAUAUACAAUAUAUGUGACUCCUAUACAGCAGACAGAUGUAUUGAUUCACCUAUUCAAUUAUUUCAUUCCACAUCAAUAAAAAGAACACUUAAAUGUACAUAUAUGACGUAUAGGGAAAUUCUGUGUUAUUAGUUGUGUAAAAAAUUUCAGAUUUUCCAGACUCUAUCAGACAAUAAAAUUUGCCUCUAAUUGG